AUGGUGAUGGUGAGCGUGCAGCAGAGCCCCAUGGUGCGGUCGGAGGAGGACCUGGGCCCGCCGUGGCUGCGGCCGCUGCUGGGCACGAGCUUCUUCGUGCCCUGCCCCGCGCACCCGGACCUGAGCAAGAACGAGUGCAACCUCUUCUGCCUCGGCUGCAACGCCGGCGCCGGCGCCCUCUGCUCCUACUGCGUCCCCGCGCACCGCGACCACCACGUCGUCCAGAUACGUCGUUCGUCGUACCACAACGUGAUCCGGGUGUCGGAGGUGGGGAAGCUGAUCGACAUCGCGCACGUGCAGACGUACGUGAUCAACAGCGCCAAGAUCGUGUUCCUCAACGGCCGGCCGCAGGCCAGGCCCGGCAAGGGCGUCACCAACACCUGCGAGAUCUGCUGCCGCAGCCUCCCGGACUCGUUCCGCUUCUGCUCCCUCGGAUGCAAGCUCGGGGGGAUGCAGUGGGACCCGACCUUGACAUUCGCCAUCCGGCCGAAGCGUAGCCAGGACUCCGGCGGAGAAGGGUAUGGCUCCGACGACGACUCGUUCAGCCCGAGGAAGCAGCUCCGGAGGGCCGGGUUCGAGCUCGGGCGGUUCGACAGGGGCGUCCGGUGGUCCGACGACGAGGGCAGCAAGUCCAACACCCGGCCGAUGACGCCGACCACGCCGCCAAUCAGCCGGUGCAGGCCGUCCAGGAGGAAGGGCAUCCCCCACCGCGCCCCAUUCUACGGUUAG